AUGGCCACCCCGAAAUACAGCAUCCCCGGGGAAUUCAAGGAUCAGCUUCGCUUCGUCGAUGCUGCCGACACUCGCUCCGAUGACAAAAUCCUCGAUUCCCUACGAGAAGCAGCCCCGCUGGGUCCAUCAGAGAAGAAUACAUGGGCCUUCUGGGACUCUGUAGUCAAUAACAUGCCCGACUGGACCCGUCGUAAUGUCAUAACUGGGCUCGUCUAUGCGGCCCGUCAUGGACAAUUCGAAUCCUCGAUAGGGUUCCCAACUCUCCCAAUAAUGCAUUAA